GUGUAGGCGGUUGGCUACUGCCCCAGUGUUCAACUACAAAUAUCAGACACUGCACACAGUAAACAUCUUUUUUAAGGACCAGCCAGCAGAGAGACACAAAGAGAGAUCAUACCUGCCAGCAUGGGACAGAAACUGAGGGGACACACUCUGCCAGCUGAGGCUGCCUGCAGGGAUUCAAUGAUAGAUAUAGGACGGGACGAGUCUGUGCUCAUCCUCAUCAAACACUGCCAGGACAUGAAGCAACAGGAGACGCGCCUCAGACUCAUCACCCUGAUCCUGCUCCUCACAUGUAUGGCACUGCUCAUUUACACCACCAGUUCCGGUUUAAGGCAGCAUGAGGAGUCUGGCUCCCGUGGACAAGGGAGUGCAGUUGAGCAAAGAGCACCAUACUCUAGACAAGAGACAUUGUUUCCUGAAGAUAAACAGACCAGACUGCGCAUUCAUCUCAGGCCCCCAAGUCCAACCAACAAGACCAAAAUGAGUGAUGGACAGUACUUUGAAUGGGAUGUCGACUUUGGUAAAUAUUACAACGAAAAGACACGUGCCAUUGUGAUUCCUGCAUCGGGCAUCUAUUUUGUCUAUGUGAGGAUUACUUUAAGCUGCCAUGGUGAGGAAACUCAAAACUUACAGUUGUUCAGUCUACGACUGCGCUGCUGGAAUGAACGUUACACCAAACAAAGGCAACUGACAGAUGCCAAGGAUGAUGUAGAGUGCACUCAAGACAGGUCAAAGAGUGUGUUUGUGGGGCAGCUUUUUGAUUUAAACGAAGGAGAUCAUCUGAGUGUAUGGAUUGAAAAGGGCUACAAACUGAUAAAAACAUCAUCAUUUGGUGCAUUUCUAGUAUAGAGAAUUCAAUCUUAAUAAUGUAUCUCCCACAGAAAACACUGCUUAUGCACUGCCUGACACACCUCAUUUGUACUUAUACUUCCUUUAUAACAUCACAUCGUAACAGGCACCACCUAUAGGCUAGGUGACAGUCCAGUCCCUAGUGAAUCUACGCAGUGGGUGGUGCCUGCUCAGGAAUACGGAAGCUGACUAAGGGGGGCGGGACCUUAAAGAAAACAGUGUGUCAGACAGAGGGUGGAUAGAGGAGCUGCAGAAAUGGCAGACACCAUUGGAGAAUGUAAAGACCCUCCAAAUACAAGUAUUAACCUGAAAAUGAGAAAAAUGUGACCUCUUUAAAGUACUUCCUGUUAAUGCUUAAAUUAAAGCUGCAGUGGGCGACAUGAACGCACGCAAUGCAAAACCUUCUUCAUCUUUGUCUGCUGCCUCGCGUCAUUCUGCUCUGAUGUUUUUAUUUUGCACUUUCUUUUUCUCUCUUCUCUUCCAAGGUCUCCCUUCUUUCGGGUUGUUUUUAACUAUACGCUGUUUUCGGUGAAGGAGGUACUGGAAAUUUAUCACAAGUUGCAAUAGCUCUUGACAUUAAUUUGGAGAGCAACACACCAAGACAUGGUUGCUGUGAUUGGCUUGUUACAUCCUAGCUAACCCUGACUGGUUGUUUGAUUCAGACUGGGUACAUAUUUCCCAAAAUCUAAAUACAAAGGGGCAAGCACUCCAUUUUUUCCCCCUUUAAAUUAAAUAUUCUUAGUGACAUGCAAUGCCUAAAAUUAGUUAGUUAAUAAUUUAUAUUAAUAAUUAAUAAUGAUAAUUUAGUAAUAUUGUCUGCUGUAGUUUUAACUGAGUAUUCAGGGUUAGAAGAUAUGCAGUGUAUACAGAAGGGUGACAAAUUACAGGAAGUGUCUUAGUAAGAUGUAUUUCCACUAAGUGUCCUUGAUAUAGAUGCUACUGGAGGGAUGAAUGCCAUUCUUCCAAAAGAUAUUCAGUGGAUGGCAGUGGAGAGGUGGUCUUUCUUAAAUCUCCCAUAGUUCAUCCGGAUUGAGAUCUAGAGAGAUCUGAGUAAACAUCUCAAUUCCUUUAUUCAGGGUGCUACUUCAACUUGUGAUUGGUUUGGAUAUGUAAAGUAUAUAUGCAUAUAUGCACUUGAGCAUUGUUUUUUUAAGUGAUAUGUCACAGCCUCUACUGUGUUAAAAAAAAUCCAUCAUCUUUGAAGCUUUGCAUUAGCUUUGUUUGAGCAUGCUAAACUGGACAAAAACUUAAAUGGGGUUUUGAAUGAAGUGCUGGAAAUAUACUCCCUUAAUAAAACAAGAUUACGGCUGUUUCUUUUCAGAUAAACCAUUUUUGGUUCUAAAAGUUUUUUUAAACUAUUUAUAAUAACAGUUUUUGCCUACUGUUAGCUUUCACUUAAACCUUGUAUAACUAGUUCUGGUAAUUACUGUGCAAUUCUGCAGAAAUUACGCAGCUUAUUUUCAACAUCAAUUCAAGACUCCAGUCAGAAACAUUGGUAGACUUCCAUGGCAGAACCUAAAGUUAGUAUGUCAAGAUUGUAAGAAAACUGCAAAGUUUCACACAGUGUUGUUAUGUGAAAAGUGCCCAUAUAUUGUGUGUACUCAGGGAUUAUUUUAGAAUGACAGAGCAGAUGGACUAACAUUAAGAAUUUUGAAUGCAUGUGAACAAAAAUAAUUUAUGGUUAGUGCUUUUUGCUUCUACUUCUAAGCAUCACUUUAAUAAUCUAUAAUAAUAAUAUAUUAUAUGUAUAUAUAAUAAUCUAUCGCCACACUUCGGACAAGAAAAUACCUUUCCUUGUUCAGUUACUUCAGUUUGACUGUAUUAAAUGUAGUCAUGAGACUACAUUACUUUUUAACUGUAAUGUAUUAUUUUUAUUGGUCUUCAUUGGCUUUUAAAUCAGUAUUUGACCAAUUAUAAUGCUGUUACAUUACACUCCCAUUGUUGUAUUAUGUAUUUAAGCAAAUUUUUGGUAUUGCCUUUUUUUAUCAUAUGGCUUGUAUCAAACCCCUGUCUGUCAGAGCUGAGUGAAAACUAAGUUUGCUAUUGGACUCUGAAAAUAAAAUUGAUUUGAAUACAUAACACAGACCUGCUGUCACUUUUUGGGAAAAUACAGAGCAAGUAAACUUUACCUAACUUUACUCUACUCAUCACAUCAGUGACUGUUGCCUCCAAGAAUCUUUCAGUAUGGAUUUAGCUACAGUGACAUGUAAAUUUUCAUUCGGCACACACCAGUGACAUAACAGUACCAACAGUCAGCACUGUAUGUCAGUAAAUAAUCGUCAUAAGUGGUAUUUUGUAUUGUGGUAGUGGGGAGUGGUAUGCAGGUUUCAGGGGAACAGGAGUGACAUAGACCUAUCUCCAAACUGCCCUUUUUAUCUAAAAUCCUUGAAAAGAUUGUCGCGGACCAGCUCCUGAAGCUGGUAGAAGGUCAUAGAAUCUUUGACAAAUUCCAAUCUGGUUUUCGCCAAAAACAUAGCACCGAGACAGCAUUACUGAGAGUGUCUAA